AUGGCGGAGCUCAACGCAGGAAUCCUCAGCGAGGGCCUUGCCUCAUCCGUUCGAUCUCGCAAGGAGAAGAUUCCUGUUGAGCUACGCAUGGCAGACGGUUCGGUACGGCACCCGAGUGGGUUCGAGCUGCCCACGGCCGAGACCGACUUUCACCCGGUGGCCGCGAAGACGCCGACAGACGAUAUUGUCCACGGUCAAGCAGAUGUGGGACGCGCGCAAGUUUGCAACGUUGUCUGCUCACCAUCGCGUUUGCACAACUUGGUCCCAUAUCAGUCACGGGCCAACGCAGAUCACCACACUAGCAUACUCCGGUAA